AUGAAGCUCGAGCAUCAACGCGAGCCAUCAGGCUUAUGCAACACAAACAGUCAAGAGAGAGAAGAAGAGAACCACAGUCAACCAGAGACCGUGCUUGCAGUUCUGCAACGUAUAUCUCAAGAUGCCGACAAACUAUAUCGCGAGAAGAACGACCUCCCCAGAGAUCUGGCGGAUGCGGUUUCCAGAGUCAGUUUCGAGACUCUCAAGUCGCACGAAGUCAGAGAACUCAUGGAUUCGAUGAGAAAAGACGGGCCUGUCUUCAAGCGCCUACUAAAACUGGCAUACAACCCCGACACAAUCGCUGGUCCUUCCAAAAGUGCCAGAGCCAACAGUGAUGCACAUCCGAGUACUAUUCCAGUACGCGACCCCAUUUGGGGGACAUUCGAGCAGUUUACAACCAUCACUGCGCACCCGAGUCACCAAACAAGCUCUCUCGAAGAACUUAGAUUGGCUGAUUACAAUACCGGUAACAGGUUUUGUAAGACAAGGCGCGACGACCAAGCAUUUCCUGCUAGAUUUGCGAGAAGAAAUGCUAUCUCUGCACCUGUUGAUAGAUCUAAGACAGAUAACACCAUCACCUACACGUCUUCGGGAGACAGCGAUGUCUUGAAGAUGAUCGAGAAACUUACGAAGUCCAUUGAAGGAUUGAAGACCGCGACGUUGCUGGACCAGACAGAGCGUUUGAGUAGCACGAACAUACCACCUACUCGCACCAGCCUCUUCGGAAACCAACCACAUUCCACUGCCGGUGGUAUCUUCGGGUCCAGUGUGCCACCUACUUCUACCGGCCUCUUCGAAUCCAUGCCACCUAAACCUACUGGGCCCUUCGAGUCUAUAUCACUCAAUUCGACAACAUUCCACGGCAACGCUAGUGGAGGUCUUUUCGGCAAUGGCCCAUCCGUCACCAGCCCUCUCCACACAGGUAGUGGCCUUUUCGGCGCUGGGUGUACAUCUCAGGACAAUCUCACACCCUGGACAUCCGGCGCACGUCCUAGCAGUCUCUUCGGCAAUGGUCCUCCUUCAGUACCUGGUUUUGGCUCAUCCAACACCUGUCAAAGAUACAGUGGCGCCUUCACAUGCACUUGCUACUUCUCGGAGCCCUCCUGUAUGAGAGAUGCUCAAAACAACUACAAUGCAUACGCACGUCCCCGGAAUUCUCCUGUCCCAGCUUGGGACUUUGGCAACUCGGCAAUGUUGAAUCGAGACGGUUCUUGUCAGAGAAGCUACGGUGCUGCUACCUGCAAUUGUAGCAUAUUGAACAGCAGAUGUUUGUAUCCCAGGUUCAGAUAAGCCGGCUUGAACUGGUUUUCCCACUUGCGAUUGCCGUCCAAUCUCCCACAGAGAAUUGAUGGAACCUGGAAGAUAAAGGAACACAAACAACACAAAUAUGGCCGCAGUGAUGGAGACAAACGAUUGCAUCUUGAUAUCCGUCGGGUGCAAAAUUGUAGCGAGAGGGAUAUUUUGGAGAUUAUGUUCUUCCUGCCAAGUCUCAUACAUACGACGAUGAAUCGAUGAACGAUUAUGGAGAUAGC